CUCCAGCCCUUAGAUUAAUAAACGCUCAACCAGACACGUCGACUUUCUGGCGCGUUCCUUCUCAUCAUAGCCAACGGUGACAGCUCUCCUUAAGGCCAGCACUCAGUACUCCUGGUCAUCAGUGCUGAACAUGGCCUUUAGUGGGGUCAGGUGUGCUAUGGGUCUCCUUGGUGCUCUGGGGCUGGGUCGCGACGAAAGACACCUAGCCCUUCAAGCCCGUCUUCCCAUUCCGGUUCUUUCACAAUCGCUACUGGAUGGGAAUACAUUUCCAGACUUCCUUUCUGGCCGCCCCUUUCACUAUGUUAGUUAUUUCCCUCCCCCAGCGCUUCCAGACAGUCAACAGCCUUUCUGCUCUGCAUGCGGGUGUGCGUCUUCUCCCUCACGUGAUGCUGGCGCCCAUCGGCUCGCUCAGCAGUAACAUCAUCUUCAUGCGUCGACCAGUGCUCCUUUUUCUGGUGGCGGGGGCAGGCUUUCAGCUAGUCGGUCUGGCCUUGAUGGACAGUGAAUCCGUCAGCACGUAUAUUACCGUAAAGGUAUACGGAUACGAGAUCCUGG